CGGGGGCAGACUGAGAGUGCGGAAGCAGUGGGCGGGGUUCAGGCUGUUUAUCUUCCUCCGUCACAGACAACAGGCCCGAGACCUGCGGCACCGACACAAACCGGAUACCGGGCAGACAGACAGCGCGGCCGGGAGACAUGAAGUUCGUGUAUAAAGAGGAGCACGCGUUCGAGAAGAGGCGUUCGGAGGGGGAGAAAAUCCGCAAGAAAUACCCGGACCGAGUGCCUGUAAUCGUGGAGAAGGCUCCGAAGGCUCGAAUAGGCGAUCUGGACAAAAAGAAAUACCUGGUGCCAUCGGACCUGACAGUUGGGCAGUUUUAUUUCCUCAUCAGAAAAAGAAUCCACCUCCGGGCAGAGGACGCCCUGUUCUUCUUUGUCAAUAAUGUGAUUCCCCCGACAAGUGCUACAAUGGGCCAGCUCUACCAGGAACACCAUGAAGAGGACUUCUUCCUGUAUAUUGCCUACAGCGAUGAAAGUGUGUAUGGGAACUAACCCUAAAUCCCCUCCCCCUGUGUGCCGCCCGAGGUCACAACUACCCUUUACCCCACCCUAGUAUCCUAUAUAAACCUUUUUUCCCCCAUUAUACUCUGUAAAGCUUGUUAAUUGCCCCCUCUGGGGGCGGGUUCAGUAUGAAUGAGUGGGGCUGAUCCUUGUUUAACAGCCACGGGUGGGAGAAUAAAUCCCACCCCCACUCCCUGUACCCCGACUGGGGUCAUUCGUAAUAAAAUGAAUGGAUAUGC